AUGGCGCACUUUGCACUCACUGAAGGAAUAUCAUCCCCGUCUCUUACAGGCGCUCCGCGUGCUCCUCUUUCUCCGAACGGCAACGACGCGCGCUUGACAGCAGGUGCAGGUGGUGCGCAUGGCGAUGGUGGGGGCAGCCAAGGUGGUGGAGGGGGCGGGCAACAGCGCGGCCGUGCAGCAGCUGGCGCAGUGGGCAGUGGACGAGCACAACAAGAAGCAGGUGGAAGGGUGAACACGGCACUGAGGUUGCAGGCGGUGGAGGGGGCGAGUGAGCAGGUGGUGGCGGGCACGCUGCACCGCAUCCGCCUCACCGCACACCUGCCCUCCACCACCGCACCUGCCACGGCGCAGUACGAGGCGGUGGUGUGGGAGAAGCCAUGGGAGGGCUUCCGAGAGCUGCAGUCCUUUGACAAGAUCGACGCCCCCUAG